GUUUGUUUGAGAAAACAGUUGUGUGUCUUAUCAUAUAAAGAAUCACAUCUAUUUUCUAUGUACGUGCCAUCGCCCUCCAUAGAAAAUAAAUAGAGUAAAGGUCAGAGGUGAACCUGACGUCACUGCCAACAUGGCGGUUUCUAGGCUGGAAAUAAACUUUCGUCGACUUUUAGGUCGUUGUGAAGAAAUGGCAGCAGAAAGGAGGACUGGUGACUGGCGAUUAGAAAAGUACAUAGAGGCACUUCAAGGACAACUCAGUGAGCUGAACAAUCUACCAAGUCCAGGGAAACCCACCUCAGACAUCCUGAAAGAGUACAACAAGAAAGUGGAGUUUUUAAAGAAAUAUAUUGAGGCAGAAAAAUUAGAAUCCCCCAGUGAACGAGUCCUUGCUACAGAGUUGAUGAAGCCAGGCCAACCCAGCCUGGAGCACUACAGCACCCCCUCCUCGCAGCUGUCCAAUAGGAAGACACGAGAGCUCCAUGCCAGGGCCAGAUCUCGCUAUCAGAAGGAUAUGAGAGAAGAACUUCUUGGGAAGACGGACAAUGACAACAAAAGCGAUGCACCAGAUGCAUCAGGUGCAAGGUGGAGCAGAGGAGGGGAGGAGCCUGAGGAGGACCUGGACACGGUGUUACAGAGACAUCAGGACAUGCAGGCUAAGAUAGCAGAGGAGAUGCUGACACUAGCCAGGAGCCUGAAGCACAACCAGCUGGCUGCACAGAACAUCAUCAGGGAGGACACCAAGGUGUUGGAUAAAUCAUCCAAGCUAGCCGAGGGUAACUACGAUCGUCUGAAGGUGGAGACAGAAAGGCUUGAGCAGCAUGUGAAACGGUCGUGUAACUGGACCAUGUGGACCAUGCUGGCCAUCGUCUGCAUCAUUUUCCUCUUCAUGAUCCUCUUCAUCAGGCUGUUCCCCAAACCUAGAUGACCUCUGCACUGCAUUAUGGGACUGGUAGGAUUACUUGAAUCUUGGGUAAAAUGUUGCAACAAUCUUCCCCAAAUGUAUUUGAUCUUGAACUUCCAUUGUAACUAUAACUUUCUAUUAUGUUGGAGAUGGAGGAAGAAAUCUUUUAAAUGUGUGUUGGAUAGUAUGUAUAUGGAGUGGAUUCAUUCCUCAGCUAAUCAACAUCUUAUGCAUCACAAUCAUCCUUUAGUCGGUCACAUAGUCAGUCACAUAGUUCUGGUUUAGAACUUUUAUUCAACCUGUCAGCUAGACUGGUUUGGCCUCUUCAGUGGGGUGAUGACACAAAGUACAUGGACAUGGGGUUACACUUAUAUACCUUUUCAGUGCAGACCACCUGGUAACUUCAUACCCUAUAGGUCGUUUUGUCUUGACCUUAGUUGACCGACAGCAUGACCUUGGAUUGGAGAUAAGAUUGUAGAUACGAGUAGAUUGAUGAUAAGAUUAACAAAACAGUCUGGAGAUGUCCCCCUGCACCCAGAGGUUUGCUGUAAGUGAAUUUGAAUGGCAGAUAAAGAUAGAGAAAGUUGUAAUUUUGCAAAUGAAAAACAUAUAAAGCUUGAUGGUAUCAACUACGCUAUAGUCAAGCUUCAAACUUUAUUUAAAACAAAAGAUCACCUGCCAAUAAAUAAUGUAUGACGUCA